GUACCUCUCCUACAGUCUAAACACGACGCUGCCUGCUAUGGGGAGUAAGGUACUAAUAACAGCCAUUUGGUGGCUGGCCAUCUGUGAGGCUCUGGAGGUUCAGACACAAGUGAAUAGUUCAAUAGUAAAUGACAAUGAAAGUGCCGAAAGUGCUCCUCGGUUGUAUGCGAGAUCUGGAAAUAUAGUUCGAGUUUACGCCAGCUCUUCGCCGUAUGGGGCAUACUCGUACAAAGUUCCGACUGUGAUUAAUGGACCACUGGCCGCUGGGUCCCAGGUUGCGCCUAUCAGUGUCUCCGACUCCGUUUCUAAAGGCUCCAGUGGAUACUUGAAGAGUUUAAGAGAUUCUUAUGGAAAAUUCUUAGCUACCCCUCAGGCAGUAGCCUACAAGGCGGCAUUCCCGCAGCAAUUUUUGCCGAUUCAAGCUUUGCCGGCUCAUCUGUCUCAACCCUUAGCCGCUGGUACCACACCUAAUUUACAGUACAGACCGUUUACUCCAAAUUAUUUCUUCGGAACUCCGUACAAAGCACCGUCACUGUAUUCUUAUUCUGCGACACCCACCCCUUUGACGCAAUUAGGUUUCAGUAAACCUCUGGUAUAUGCAGGAAAUAUUAAAAACUUGUCACCUGUGUCGAAUUUCCUUCCUCGAGGAAAUGAAUUCCCUGGGUUCGUGCCAACUCAGCAGCAGCAGGCUACAGGUAGUAAAAGUUUAUACGCAAACGCACCUGAUGUUCAACAGAAACCGCUACAGCACAAUGUGCUUUCGGCUCACGGAAGUACCCAGACGGGUGAAAAUAAUGGCAAAGGACAAAUACAAGCAGCACCGGCGCAAACCAGUGUCACAGCUUUUGUUAAUGGGAAAAAGACUGUGGUCACGUUGGACACCAAUCCGCCCGUUCCACAAAUAGACAUUAGUCUUCUUGAACCUUUGACGUUUGAAAAUCCCGUCGUGCCACAGGUGCAACAUUUCUUACCGAAACUUAAUUCUGCAACUUAUACAAAACUUCCAGUUUAUAACAUUCAACAUUCAAGCAAACUACACAAAGAUAUUCCUGUUCAUAGAAUAAAUGUCUACAAUAGUGAAGACGUAGAAACUAAACCCAAAAAGACAUCGGAUAAGAAAAAGACUCGACAACAAAAUAUCCCCGCGAAACCGCAAGUAGUUGUAAACAACGACAACCCCAAUGAACAAGAAUUUUCUUACGAAAUCGACAUGCCAAAUCACAAGGAAACUUACAAUGAGCAGGUGGUGUCGUACGAAAAGGAAACCAACAUGAAACCCGUUACUUACGCCUAUAAUAAACAAAGUCAAAGUGAGCCAGAGAACUACAGUUACAGCCAUAGUUCUAAAGAACCGUCGAAGGUAACACAUGUGGAGUAUGGUGACAAUGAAAGCCCGAAGCACCUUGUUUAUACUUUUUCACCUGAAGAGAAUGAGGAGGAAAAUAAUGCAGACCACCAACAUCGCUCUGAAUCUGAAGAGACUACGGACUCAAAUGGUGAUGAAAAUCCUGUCUCGCAACGUGAGUCUUCAAGAUACGACGAAGAAGAAAAUAAACACAUCGAAGACAAUAAUAAGUACACUAUGCGCCACAAAAAUUAUAAGAAUGACGAUGCAUCGCCUAAAGAAUUUAUUCGCAAUGAAUCGCCCGUGGGUCAUUCUCAUGAUUCAAACUAUCAAGAUUUGCCUCAGCACUAUUCAACGCAGCAGACACCUGGUCAUGUUUACUACUCUGGCAAUCAGCGUUCACCCAGCCCGCAGCAUCAUAAAAACCGUCAUGUACAUCAUUCACACCCACCUGCGCACUAUCGUCAUCUUCAUCAUCAUCAUCAUAGUACCGAACGAACGUCGAAUCCCAUACAAAACACGGAGUUACCUAGGCAGUCCACUAGUCUUAAAGCUGAACAUCGUGGGCAAGAGUACAAACAACAGCCAAAGCAAGAAUUGCAACAUGAAGUUGCACAUAAUAUUAAAUCUGCUCCACAUUAUUAUUCUCAGCCAUUAACAGUGGCAGUGCAAAACGCCGUCCAAUUAAUUACUCCUGAAUACGAAGAAGAUAUAAAGAUACUGCCAGCUCAUGCACCCAACGCUCCGCAGCGUAUCCAAAAUCAUCCAACGCCCUUGCCUAAUCCUAAACCAUUUAGUUCUGCGGCGCCACACGUUCUUGAACAAUCAAACAGAGCUAUUAUCAAAGAGAAAGAAGAAACUCCUGACGUAAAUCACACGCAAAUGGAACAAGUUGUGGGUGAAACGGACGAAGGAGAGGAAAGCGAGGAGGAAGAUUUUGAGAAAGCUUACAAAGCAUCCGCUUUUGGCUUUCCUGCCUACGAAGCAGUGAUAGAAGAAAUGGAGGACGGCGAAAGUGAUGUUGACGAUCCCGAUUCGUACGGCGCACCACGCUACGAAACUGAUAACUAUAACGCGAACAGCCCUUUUGAAAAGUAUCAAGUGGAAGAUGACCCGUAUCCUAAGUCACUUCACUCGUCAUAUAAAGAUGCAAGCGAGAAUAAAAAAGAGGAUUAUUAUUUGGAUUACGCUGUUAAUAAGCCCAAUGUAUAUGCUGAUUUUUACAAGAAAAAAGCUGAUUAUUACAAAUUAUUCAAAAAGCAUAAACCGGAAAAACCAUUCUUCCAAAACAGGGAUGAAAACAAUAGGGAAAUGAUAGAAAAUGAAGAUGAGAGAAAGGUUGAGGCUGCAUCAUCGUACCUGUAUCCAGUGUCACCUGCGCAAAAACCGAAACAAAUCAUUUAUAAUUCACAGUACAAAACACCGAAAACUAUAUUCAAAUACGACUAUGGAAAACCACGUGACAAUCGUGCGUACGCAUCACAGCCCUAUAUUCAUAAACAUAAAACUAAUUUUGUGGAGCCACAGUUCCAGUACGGUUUCGAGCCUAUUACAGCGCCGUUAGUUCUAGAUAGUGAACUUGCUGCGAUGGCUAGUAACGACAGUCCUGAAAGUGAGAAGCCUGGUAUGAGAAAAAAAGUAUACGAAGAAAACUGGUACAUAAAGAAAACAAGAACAGCGGCCGGCAAGCCUAGCUGAUAAGAAUUAUUUAUUUCUAUUGUAAUGUUAUGUUGUUAAGUUCUAUUUAAGUCGAUAAUGAAUAAAUC